CGAGGUGCCUGGGUGCGGAGCCGGGCAGCAGGGCGCACAGAGGUCAGACGCCGGCGGGUCGGGAUGGCCCCACAGAGGGCCUUGCGGCUGUCCCCGAAGAAGCCCAGCUACGCUGUGUGUGCUGUGGGGCUGGAAACAUACCUGGACGUUCACAGCGAUGUGCCCAAGGGCGCUGAGAACUUUGAGGUCUCUGGGAGCUCCGGGGUGAAGAUCUUCAUAGCCUAUGACCCAGCGCGGGUGACAGAGCCCACGGGCAGGGCCCACUGGCCCCUGGAUGCCAGCGUGGACGUGGUCAUAUCCGUGGACGCAGCCAGUAAGGCUUUAAACGACCUCAAGGUGAAGAUCUCCUACUUCGGGCAGCCGGCGGGCGGGGCCCUGGGCCACAGCGUGCUCUACCUCACGGGUGCAGACAUCUCCCUCGACGCGGACACUGGCCGCACAGGCAAGGUGAAAAGGACCCAAGGCGACAAGAAAAGCUGGCGCUGGGGCCCUGAGGGCUACGGGGCUAUCCUGAUGGUGAACUGUGACCGGGACAGUCUCCGGUCCACGGAGAUGGACCUCACCAACACCCAGCUAACCUCGCUGGAUGACCUGCAGGACAUGUCCCCAGUGGUGCUGACCUGCGAUGCCCCUGAUGAGCUCUUUGACAGCUACAAGCUGGUCUUGAAUGUGCCACUUUCUGAUUCCAAAAGAAUGAGGGUCUUCUGCACCCGGGGUGGGAAUUCCCUCCUGGACUAUGAGCAGGUGCUGGGGCCCCAGCACCCGUCGUACAAAGUGGCCCGUCAGCCCGGGGAGCGGAAGAUCCGCCUCUAUGUGGAGGGGCUCAGCUUUCCCGACGCCGAUUUCUCGGGGCUGGUCUCCCUCAGCGUCAGCCUGGUGGACACCAAGACUCUGCCCGAGGUGCCCCUCUUCACAGACACCGUGGCCUUCCGCGUGGCCCCCUGGAUCAUGACCCCCAACACCCAGCCCCCCCUGGAGCUAUAUGUGUGCAGUGUCCUAGACGCUCAUGGCUCGAAUGAGAAGUUUCUCAAUGACAUGUCCGAUCUGGCGCUGAGAGCCAGCUGCACGCUGAUGGUCUGCCCUCGGGUUGAGAACCGAAAUGACCGCUGGAUCCAGGAUGAGAUGGAGUUUGGCUACACUGAGGCCCCGCACAAAGCCUUCCCCGUGGUCUUCGACUCCCCCCGAAACAGAGGCCUGAAGGAUUUUCCUUACAAGAGGAUACUGGGUCCUGACUUUGGAUAUGUAACCCGGGAAAUCCAGUUCACUGGUGUCUCUGGCCUUGACUCCUUCGGCAACCUGGACGUCAGCCCGCCAGUCACGGUGGAGGGCAAGGAGUACCCUCUGGGCCGGAUCCUCAUCGGCAGCUGCCUCCCCAACAGGUCCAGCGGGCGGCGCAUGGCCAAGGUGGUGCGGGACUUCCUGGGUGCCCAGCAGGUGCAGGCGCCCGUGGAGGUCUACUCCGACUGGCUCUCCGUGGGUCACGUGGACGAGUUCCUCAGCUUCGUGCCCACCUCCGACCAAAAGGGCUUCCGGCUUCUCCUGGCCAGCCCCAGCGCGUGCCUCAAGCUGUUCCAAGAGAAGAGAGAUGAGGGCUACGGGGAAGCAGCCCAGUUUGACGGCUUAGAGAACCAGGUAAAGAGAAGCAUUAAUGAGAUGCUGGCAGACAGGCAUCUCAGGAAUGACAACCUCUACGCACAGAGGUGCAUCGACUGGAACCGGGAGGUGCUGAAGCGGGAGCUGGGCCUCAGCGAGCCGGACAUCGUGGACAUCCCGCAGCUGUUCUCCCUGAAGGGCGCCUACGCAGAAGCCUUCUUCCCCGACAUGGUGAACAUGGUGGUGAUGGGGAAGCACCUGGGCAUCCCCAAGCCCUUCGGGCCCAUCAUCAACGGGCGCUGCUGCCUGGAGGAGAAGGUGCGGUCCCUGCUGGAGCCGCUGGGCCUCCACUGCGUCUUCAUCGACGACUACUUGUCCUACCACAAGCUGCUCGGGGAGAUCCACUGCGGCACCAACGUGCGCCGGAAGCCCUUCCCUUUCAAGUGGUGGCACGUGGUGCCCUGAGCCGGCCCCGCCCGGCGUCCUCCCGACCCCCCCGCCAAGGAAGCCAGCCAGGGUGAAGAGCCUCCACCUGGCCGCCAUCCUCGGGGGGGCCUUGCGUGCCUCCCCCGAGCGCCCCCAAGCGUGCUGGUCACGGGUACCAGGAUACAGCGGUGGGCACCGCACCCUCAGCUCGAGAGGGACGGCCCUCCUUGCCCCCUUGCCUCUUCGCCACCCACGGCUCCCAAAGGUUCCGGAGACGGUCAGCAGCCUUAGAACAGUCCAGGAUGACCACACGUUCCCUCAGGGGGUGCCCCAACUUCAGUUGCUCCCCCUCUGUUCUGAGAUGAUUCCCUCCAUGUUUGCACCAAGAAUGGGGCCCACAGGGCCUGGGCCCUGGGUUUAGCUCACCUGUGACUCGAGUAAGAUCAGGAAGCGGGAUUUGGGGCCCCUCUUUCCUUUACCAGCUAUUGGUUCCUGCAGGGGACCCCCAGGCUGUAACCUCCAGGCACCCCUCAGCCAUAUUUACAUAGGCAAAUCAGGACAGAAAAACUCGGUGUCCGUGGGCCUGUUAUAAAAGGAAAAGGCAUCAAAACCCCUUUUAAUGCCUGACUCCAUUCUCAGAAGGGUGCUUGUUUCCGGUUUGGAAAGCCUUUAAUUACCCAUGCCGGCUGCUUCCGGCUCAAACAACACAGAGGCCAAAGCGAGGAGGCAGGCCGGGCGGGAGUGGGGAGGCCGGCCGGCAAAGGGGCCCGAGGCCCAGGGAGACUCCCUGGACCUGCUUCCGCCCCCGCGGCCUCCCAGGCUUUGAAGUCUGGGCUCCAGGUGCGAUGAGGCCUGGCUGAUCCAGAUCCAGCAAGGAGGGGAGGCCCCGAUGUCGGAAGAGGGUGGGAAGGACCAUUAGGUUAUCUCUGCGGGUGCGGUUUAAUUUCCUGUAAUAGCCCUUAAUUAUUCCCCUCCGCUCUGCAGGCAGUGGGAGGGAAGGCUUGCCCAGUCUGUCUCAGCAGCUCUAAGACCCGGCUUGCGGCUUGGGUUCCACCUGUGAGGAAGGCCCCUGGCAGGCCUGUGUGUCCCCCGGGGAGGGAAGGCAGAGCUGCCUCGGGGCGCUGGCAGCCUGGCCCGGGGGGAGGGCACAGGCGGGCGGGCGGCGCGCGGGGUCAGCAGGGGCGGGAGGGAACGGGCCUGCCGUCCUGCCCCCAGUCUCGGGGGCCAGCUCCGAAGCUCCGAGCCCCUGGUUCCCGCUGAGACUCAGACUGAGCCUCCUGCCCUUUAAACCCUCUUAACCGCGGACCACUUGGCCAUCAGAGGCGCGACCACACAUGUGAACCUGAGGAAAGCGGAGCUGCUCUGGUUUCGGGGGCGGGGCGGUACCUGGCUCCUCCCCCUCCAGGAGGCUCCUUGGAACCCAGUUUACACGCCCUGGUCUGACCUCUGCGCUUUCCGCUCACCAUCCUGAUGCCCCCGGGCAGAGCCCAGAGGGAAGGCAGCUCUGCAGCUGCCGAAGGCGUGCAGCCGGGGUUCCCGGGGAAAGGGCCGCGGGGGAGGGGAGCGGGCGUGGCAGAGGACGGGAGGGCGGGGCGGGCCUUCCGGAGGGCACUGGGGGCCACGAGCUCUGGAAGCGGGUGGGGCCGAUGUUCCCUCUGAGAAUGUUCCGGGUGACCGGUCACCUUCCUUCUGAUGAAUAAAAAUGUCA